AUGGCCUCAGCUCGCUUGCGUGAAGUAACCGCGUAUGAUGGUGACAUGGAUUUGUAUGGCUCACAUCCAUUGGCACGUACCUCUUCUUUCGUGUCACCCAGCUUGUCACCCGCAAGCACACCCACAGGGUUGUUCUCGCCGCAUGAGCAAGUCGAUUCCCCGGUUCAUACAGCUUACAGUACUUCGCCUGUGAAGCCAGAAAGUCAGAGACUUCUUCUGAACGCGCGUGUAUCAACACGUGUUGUGAGCAAGGUACCUUACAAAGUCUUGGAUGCACCGGAGCUGGCGGACGAUUUCUACCUGAACCUUGUCGAUUGGUCCAAUCAGGAUGUGCUUGCGGUUGGGCUGAACAAGUGCGUCUACCUCUGGUCUGCGAGGAACUCAAAUGUGACGAAACUGUGUGACCUCCAAGGCAUGCAAGAUAGCAUCACGGGUCUCAGCUGGACUGAGCGCGGUCAGUAUCUGGCAGUUGGCACACACUCGGGUCUUGUUCAAAUUUGGGAUGCAGAAAGGGAAAAGCUCCUUCGCACCAUGAUGGGCCACAGCGCACGCGUCGGUGCCAUUGCAUGGAACCACCACAUCCUCACAACAGGCUCUCGCGACCGAUACAUAUAUCAUCGCGAUGUCCGGGUGCCUGAACACCAUGUAAAAUCCCUGCAAGCGCAUCGACAAGAGGUAUGUGGGUUGAAGUGGAAUCCUACAGGUGACCAGCUUGCGUCUGGCGGAAAUGACAACAAGCUGCUCGUCUGGGAUGGCCUAUCAGAAACUCCGUUGCACCGUUUCAACGAACAUACUGCGGCCGUCAAGGCUAUUGCUUGGAGUCCACACCAACAAGGGCUACUUGCUUCUGGUGGUGGUACGGCUGACAUGAAGAUUCGGUUCUGGAACACGCAAACAGGCACGCAUCUGUCGAUGAUGGACACGGGCAGCCAGGUGUGCAACUUGGCAUGGAAUAAGACGUCGAACGAACUCAUUAGCACGCACGGCUAUUCUAGUACCAACUUGCACAACCAGAUUCAGCUCUGGCGCUACCCAUCACUGUCGCAUGUUGCCACAUUGACGGGCCAUACGAUGCGUGUGCUGUACCUGGCUAUGAGCCCGUCAGGCAAAUCGAUCGUAACAGGAGCGGGCGAUGAGACGCUGCGUUUCUGGGACCUCAACACCCCUGCGCGCGAUCAAGUUGAGCGCCAUGACGAUCGUGGACUGCAGUCCUCGUUUGUGAAGCUUCGCUGA